UAGUUAAAUACGUACAAUGAGUGUUGCUGCUCUCAUUUCAGAUUCAAUUUUUGUCGCUCUUUGAAGUUCAACCUAAGAGGCCACUGAGUUGAUUUUGAACUCUGAACUGUGUUGUGUUAGUGACUUUUGAGUGUGUUUGCUGCUGCUAUCUACUUACUCCUUAUAUAGUACAGCCAAUCCUCACCUUGCCGGGCUGCGCAUUGAUCUGUAGAUUCCGUCAGAGCAAUCAGAUGGCGACUGCGCAGAAGCAAACGCUAUACGCAGGUGUUGAAGGUGGUGGCACAGGUUCCAAGAUAUCAGUUCUGGAUGAGGGUGGAAAUCUCCUGGCCACCGCAUACGGCUCGGAGUCCAACGUUUGGGUGAUAGGUAUCGAUAAAUGUCUGGAGACGAUUCACAACCUUGUACAGGAAGUGAAGAAGAAAGCCAACAUCACUGAAAAUCAGGCCUUCCGCUCACUCGGUCUGUCGUUGAGUGGAAGUGACAAUGCGGAAAUGCAGAAGGAGAUGAUUCGUCUGAUGAUGGAGAGAUACCCCACAGACAGCGAGGAGAUCAACAUGUCCACAGACACCUUCGGAGCACUGGCUACUUCUGCCAAGUAUGGAAUAGUGGUGAUCAGUGGCACAGGACACAAUACUAUGCUCAUCAAUCCCAAUGGGGAGUCACAUAACUGUGGCGGGUGGGGACAUAUUCUAGCGGAUGAGGGAAGCGGUAAGUGGAACAGUGUCCACCUCCUCCUUCAAUGGCACAACAGUAGUGAUAUUUGA